GAAAGUCCUGCACUGCAGUGAUAUGCUACGGUUAAAAUGAUUAAUCUACAGUAUUUUUUAUUGCUUGCGUUCAUCGCAUACCCGUGUGAGGGAUACAACUUCAAAUGCCCCUCCGACGGCCGGCACUAUCUCCUGCCCCACGAGACAAGCUGUGCCAAGUUCUAUUACUGUGAAUAUGGGACACGAAGGAAUGAUGCCCGGUGCUGUGCUCCUGGGACGCUGUUCUCAUUUGAGAAGCAAGUUUGCGACCACCCGAACUUGGUGCGCUGUGCUUGCGGCAGUAAAGCGAAUAUAGCCGACUGCAACGGGACCUUGGCUAACGGCUGCCCGUCUGAUCACACAGUCAGACGCCAGUUCCCCCACGAGUCGGACUGUAGCAAGUACUACAACUGCGUGAAGGGGGAGAAAGUUCUGGAGUCGUGUCCGAAAGGCCAGCACUUCAAUGCUAAGGCGGAGGUAUGCGACAGUCCAGUGAACGCUGGGUGCGAUCCAACUUGCAGCACUGGUUGCUGCAACAACGGAACCUUACCCAAUGGUUGUCCAGCUAACUUCCAGAUAGAGAUGCUGCUGCCCCACGAGUCUGAUUGUUCUAAAUACUACCAAUGCGUGCAUGGGAAAAAGGUACUGAGAUCCUGCGCGCCUGGGACGCAUUUCAGCGAUAAACAAAAGAGCUGUGAGGAUCCAUCAACCGCUGGAUGCGAUAGUGGAACCGGCGGUGGUCAAAGUGGAUGUGGUGAAACGGGGGGUGGAGAAUCGGGUGAUGGUGGAUCCUGCGGCUGUGAAAACGGUGGUGGUGAAACCGGCGGCGGUGGAACUGGAUGUGGUGAAACGGGAGGUGGCGAAACAGGCAGUGACGGAUCCUGCGGGUGUGAAAAUGGAGGUGGAGAAGAUGGCGGUGGUGGAAAUGGAUGUGGUGAAACGGGCGGUGAUGGAUCCUGCGGGUGUGACAAUGGAGGUGGAGAAGAUGGCGGUGGUGAAACUGGUGGUGGCGACCUUCCGAACGGGUGUCCUGCAGACUUUUGUAUCACAAGACUUCUGAAACACGAAUCGGACUGCUGCCAAUUUUACUUCUGCAUUAACGGUGAAAAGUUAUUGGCCAAAUGCCCCAAUGGAUUACAUUUCAACGCCAACCUACAGAAAUGCGACGACCCCGCGACCGCGGGCUGCGCCCCGGCUUGCGAUGAGAAGUGCAAGGGUUGCCACGUACCGUUCUGGAGGGAUGAGACCGACUGCACCAAAUUCUGGAGGUGCGUCGACGGAGCCAGGGUAAUGGGCACCUGCCCCGAGGGUCUCGCCUUCAACGUGGAGAAGCAAACCUGUGAUUUUAAAUGCAAUGUCGUGUGCAGUUGCGCUCGCAGCUUGAAUGUGGUUGAGGCGAUUACGGCCAAUAGUAUACUGAAUAGGUUAAUGAAUGUAAAGCAAAUUGAAGCUGUUUAAUUUACAAUAUGAGAUAUGGCUUGGAAAGGAUACCCUGCAACCUACGUAGAGCUAGUAAAGCGAGCUGUCUAUAUUAUUAAUUUAUACGUUGCAUAGAUAAAAAAUUAAAAAAAAAAACAAUCACUUUUCAAGAAGCCUUCCAGAAGGCAAACAAAAAACUGUAUCAUGUUAAAAACAAUUGAAUAAUGUAUCCCAUUGUUUU